AACCAGGAAAUAAAAAAUAGGACUUUUCUUCCCGGAGUAUAUGGUGAAUUCCAGACUGCAUCAUGAUCAGAGCUGCUGAUCGUGAGACAUCUGCUGAGUAAUAAAACACAGGCAGCAGCAGCAGCAGCAGCAGCAGCAGCAGCUUCAUCACACCUUCAAAAUGUAAAAGAUCACAUUACUGCAGGAUGUGACACACUCAUUAGCCACCAGCGCGUGAAAUCACAUGGAGGUGCUCUUGUGCUCACAUGACAGUCUGAACCAUGGCAGGAGAGAUCAAUGAAGGCUCAGUUCCUGCCUAUUACAGGGAAGUAUAUGAGGCCAUAUGCUGUAGGACAGAUGAGAGAGUGCAGGUUGAAGUUUUUCAGCGGUUGCUCCAAAGGACCGAUCUCUCCAAGGCUGUUUUAGGCCAGAUUGCUGAGCAUGUUGACUCCACAGACGGAUUCCUGAGCAAGUUGUCACUCUAUAAAGCGCUCGCUUUGAUUGCUCUUGCUCAGCAAGGAAAGCAACCGAGUCCCAAACUCUUGGAGAACUGCAUACAAGAGUUACCAAAACCUCAGCUCGGGGAGCCGAGGGACUUGAAUGCAUUGAGGAUGCAGCCAGCUCAAGAGGAUGUACUGACGGUGUCCCAGACGCUGGACAAACUUCUGGCCCGGGACACAGUCCAGGUGGAGCUCAUACCUGAGAAGAAGGGCUUGUUUCUCAAACAUGUGGAGUACCAGGUCACCAGCCAGCGAUAUAAAGUAUCAGUUUACCGACGCUAUAGCGAUUUCGAUGUCUUCCAUGAGGUUUUGCUUCAGAGAUUUGCCUACAGAGUGGUGCCGGCACUACCACCUAAAAGAAUGUUAAAGGGAGUCCUGACUUCCGUCUCUGAGCGUGAGUUCAUCGAGGGCAGGAGGCGUGCUCUUGGAAGAUUCCUAAACUUGGUGGCACGGCAUCCCUUCUUCUCAGAGGACGAGCUGGUCAAGACCUUCCUCACCUUCAGUGGCUCUGAUGUUCAGACUAAGCUGCGUGACACUUACAAGAAAAUGGGUGAUGAGUUCAUGACCAACAGAACUGCAACCCUUGCAAAGGAAUAUCUCCCUGCUGACAUUCAGGCCCAGUUCUCAACAAGCAGGGAGCUGAUUAGAAAUAUUCACAACAGCUUCCAAAAACUGCGCGACAGAGCUGAGAAAAUGGCAGAACGCUCAAAAGAGAAUGCAACAGAUCUUCUCAUGUUUGGCAGAGAGCUCAGUACGCUGGGCUCAGAUGCUUCGUCUCUUCCCUCCUUGGCCUCUUCACAAAGCACCUGGGGGACCCUGCGUCAGUCUCUGAAGAGUCUGUCUGUGGAGUUCGCCGUGCUGUCUGACAAGGCUGCUCAGCAGGGCAGACGGGAAGAGGAUGAUGUUGUGGAAAAACUGAAUCUUUUCCUGGAUUUGCUGCAAUCGUACAAAGAUCUCUGCGAGCGCCAUGAGAAGGGCGUACUCCACGAGCACCAGAGAGCUCUGCACAAGUACAGCGUGAUGAAGAGGCAGAUGAUGAGCGCCACAGUGCAGCCUAAAGAGCAGGCAUCUGUGGAACAGCUGGAAUCCCGAAUUGUUCAGCAAGAAAACGCCAUUCAGACGAUGGAGCUGCGUAACUACUUCUCCCUGUUCUGCCUUCAUCAAGAGACACAGCUCAUCUUCAUCUACCUUCCGAUCACAUCCCACAUUCUGGGGGCCUUCGUUAACUCCCAGGUCCAAGGACACAGAGAGAUGGGAGAGGUGUGGAACGAACUCCAGCCAAAACUCGGAUGUCUCUUUGGUGGCAACAAUGGAUUGAGACCCCCCAUCUGACACUUAAAUCCAUGAGGUGAAAGGAGAGAAACACUGCCACUGACGCGGAUCAAAAACUGGAAAAUAACUUGCUCUGCAAGCUACAAGAGAUUAAAGAAAGCACAACUUUUCUAUUACACAUUAUACAUUCCAUUCAAUAAGAGGAGUUUUAAUGUAAAUGGAUUUUCAACUUCUCAACCUAUUUUGGGUUUAAUCAUCAAUCAUACAGGUGGAAAAGACUGUGAGCUCAAAACUGUGCCAAUUCUUUGCUGGAUGAGGAAAUUAUUUCCAUUUCUGAAUCAAGGAAGGAAAAUCCUCUAAAUGUUGUUUUUAUAAGGGAGCAAUCAACAUGUCAGACUUGACUAUAUUCAUACAUUGCAACUCAUUUCCUAAAGCACUUGCUUAUAACUUAACCAUGUAAGUUUUAUACACUAAAAUAGUUGAGAAGAAAUUGCAAGGGACAGAGUUUUACUUUUUUUUUUAAAAGGAUGGGAUUAUUUUAAAUCUCCAGUCAUUAAGGUUUCUGUUUUUUUACUUACUGAAUAACAUUAGACCAAUGUAUUUUUGACAUAGAUUUUAGUUUAUAAAGGAUGUGUAGCAACAUACUAUGCAUUUUUAUGGACGAUUGUGAUAUUUCUCUCAUUGUUAUAAUGCAUUACUUUUGCUGCAUCUUUGCUUUCUCGUUUUAAAUUGUUCACUCCCGGUUUUGUUUUAUAAGCUAUUUUUAAAGGCGUAUUCAGAAAUCUAUUAAUUAAAGAAUGAUUGCACCUCUUGAACAUGUGGCAUAACAUCAACAAUAACACUAUAAGCUAUUGAUUUACUACCAAAGAUAUGAUACUGAUUCACUGAAAUACAGAGAUGUGCAAGUUUAAGUUUAAUGAUCACUACUUUUAAGAUUUUCGGCCAUAUCAUAUAUAUAUGAAGACUAUUUUUCACAGUUGCAGAUGUGAUAUAAAUUUGUAAUAAUGGCAAGCCUGAUGUGGAUAUUGGUUUAAAGUUUAACUUUUAGAUAUUUGGCUUGGAAACCUUGUUGCACAUUUCUGU